AUGCCCGACAUGUACUCCUCGCAUUGUUACCACGUCACCUCGACUGCGCCUCUCUUCAAUAUUUGCACAGUUGAACGCUGGUCCACCGCUGCUUCAUGUAAUGCCUGUCUGUUCCUAGCGACACCAAACCUAAUCUGUCGAGUCAGACUGUAUGGCAAAUUUACUGAACAUAUUGAUGAAAAAUCUGCCACUUUUGGAGCGAAUCCUUUUUCAUAACUUGGCCCUACCAUAUAUAAGUGCAAAAUUAAAAUUAAAAAUCUGUAGAGCAGUGAGUCUAUCGCUCAAUUGCUAAAAUAAGAAGAGAAGAAUCGAAAGGACGUGGUUAAACUGUCAGGCUUGAACCACGUGCCUUGCCAAAAACGUGCAGACGUGCAAAACCAUGUCAUGCCC